AUGGGUCUUGCAGUUUUGUUUAGUGAGCAGCUAGGAAGUGCUCAAAAAGAUGGGGAGGGUAUGGCUUUGAAGGCGUCUAUGGACAAAAAAAAGAUGAUCACGCCUCAGACUCUCUCAAGCGCUCCAUCCCAGCUUACCCUGACUCUGUUGCCAUCCAAGUUCACAAAUGGGAAGAUUGAGUACAAGAUCAAGUGCAAGGGAAAGUCUAAACCCUUUUCCAGUAUCAAUGCCUUGGUCAGUCCUGAGCUUCAAAAAGAUCAAACCAAGCUCAAGGAGCUCCUAUCUUCAGUCCUUACUGUCACAUUUGAUGGUGGGACCGCUCUCAUUCAUGCCUAA